AAUUUAGCAAAUAGUAGAAUUUUAAAGUGUAUUUUUGGAGCAUCCUUAAGCACAAUUAUCAGGACAUUUAAGACAAGAUCCAUCUGAUUAUAUUAAAUAAUUAUUGAUGCAACUACUACAGUAUCCAUUAGAGCAAGCUGUACAUUAAUUAGAAUAACCAAUACAUUUUAUACAAGUAUUAUUUUAUACUAUAUAAGUAGGAGCACAAGAUGUACAUGUAUUGGCUUGAGUACAAUUAAGACAGUUUUUAUCAGUACAUGUGCUACAUUAAGAACCAUUAAGAUAACUUCCAGGAUUACAUGAAAUACAAAUUGUAUUACUUUUGCAAGCAUUACAAGAAGUGAGACUAAUUGGACAAUUGGUACAACUAUUUCCAUCUAGAUA